UAUAGCAUUGUGGACCCAAUGGCACCAUCGCGUGACCAGCAACCUGGCCGUUUGGGAAGGCUGGGAUUAUGCAUGGCAGACAAAAUAAAAAGCUGCUGUUACAACAUAAUAUUUACGUGCAGUUUGGUGCGAACACUAAAGGAAUAGUGCGACCUUGAUGUGGAAGCACGAGAAGCUCGACCGUUGCGAACCACCUCCAUCUUUUCUCAAGGAAACCUGCCACACGCCAGAAGCCCAAAGCGGACGCUUCGGUUUGUUUUAAAAAUGCCGUCAGGAUUUCGGCUAGAUACGGAUGGCUGGACAAAAGAGUUCGAGGAAUGCAAACAACUUGCGCAGGAAACGCUCCAACUAAUUCAAGAACGCAAUCUCCGGCAUCCAAAUGGUGGACCGGAGGCGUCGCGGCUAUCUGCGGCUGCUCGGAAAAAGCUGGGGACGUUGGGUGUGUCAACGGACCGGCUGCUGCGAUGGCUAGACAGCCCAGACGCCUCCUCCCUCUCCGAGGCCGAGUGCAACCGCCGCCGUGACCUGCUGUACGACCUGCGCAACCGCCGCGAGCAGAUGCAGCUGGCGAUCAAACGAAACCAGGGACAGGCCGAACGGGACGCCCUCUUCGGCGGCGCCAGCGGCAGCAGCGGUCACCUGCCGCCCCGUGAGACGGAGGCGACAGCUCAGCUGGACACCCGGGGCCUGCUGGGGCUGCAGCAGCAGGUGAUGCGGCAGCAGGAUGAGGAGCUGGAAGCCAUGGAGAAAACAGUGGCCAGCACCAAGCACAUCGCGCUAGCAAUCGGCGAGGAGGUGGACCUGCAGACCCGGCUGCUUGACGACCUGGCGGAUGAUGUGGAGGUCAGCCACAGCCGCCUGCGAGCCGCCACGGCGCGCGUAAGGCAGCUGCUCAAGUCGUCCAACAACUGGCGGCUGGGCGCGUGCGUGUUCCUGUUGAUUGUGACGCUGGUGGCGGUGGUGUUACUAACCACCAAGCUUGCAAGGCUGUUCCAUUAGGUAUUUAGUUUGGUGCAGACCGUCAGGGCUGACAGGGCCCGUCAGGGCGAUACAUCACGGGGGUGUUUGCUUCGUUCGCGGGAAGUGCUGUGGAAUGGUGUUGUAGCGCAACAGUGCGCUAAAAGCGAUCGCACAUCGGUAGAUGUCCGGGAUGUUAAUUCCAUCCCACAACAAAUGGUCAUUCGUUCAGCUGCAGGGGUAGCGGGUUUGGGGUGCUUACACAAGCUUGCAAUGGCUUUUAGGAUGUGUUAGGAGGUAGGCAGGAUGUGUUUGUUUAGCGGUGGGGAGGAUGUCGUACUAGCCAGGCUGUUGAUCUUUUAGCAGGGAAUAUCGUGCUGGAAGGGGCGGGUCUGCGUGUAGAACCGUGAUAGAGUAGGAACGUCAGGGGGUGUUAGUGGUUGAAUUGGGGCCCUGAUACAAAUUCGGCUGGGUUAGGAGAGGAAGGAGCCGAAGGAAAGCUCCUGGUAGUGAGCAUGAGGGCAUGUUGUGCGGGUGUGCAUUGUUGGUGGGUAGCGGUAGCGUGAGAGGGAGCUGCACGAUGAUGCAUGCGGGGUCUGGGCGGCUCGAGGGGGACAUGGUGUGGAUCGUGGCUGGUAGCUGAAGGGAAUAAAGAUUUGGG